AUGGGGGUUGAUGAUUUUUUCAACCCUCAUGGAGGUAGCACCACCAACUCCUCUCCUUCUCAACCAACCAUAGUCGAGUUGAGUGCCCAGAUGGCUCAGCUCCUACAUAUGCAGACUUUGGCCCCGAAUCUGAUCCUGAAUCAGGAUCCUAUUUUGAUGACCUCGAACUCGAUCCGGAAUCAGGAUCCUAUUUUGACUACCCCGAACCCGACCCCGACUAUGAUGACGACGACCCCGACCUCGACUCCGAAGACGACCUCGACCCCCACUCCGAUGAUGACCCCAACCCCGAAUUUGUCUCUGAUUCAGACCCCGACCCCGAUUUCGACUCCGACUCCAGCCCUGACUCAGGCUCAGAUCCCAAUCCGAAUUCCUACUCAACCUGAUAUUCAUAAUAAGGAGAUUCUUGGUCAUGGUACUAAGAGAGGGGGGCUAUAUUAUGUCGAUGACUUCAGUCCCGGCGUGGCUAACAGUGUGACGCAUCCCUUUGAUAACUAA